AUGAAAUUCUUUGCCCCUUUUCUUUUUCUCCUCCCGAUUUUCCGGGCCCAGUUCUGUUUCGACACAAAACGGCCAAAGUGUUCAAGUCCAAAAAGAGAUAACAAAACCUCCACCUUAUCGAGCCAAAGUGAAAUUCAAAAAAGUAAAGCGGCUGGCUGCAUCGAAGCGGAGCUAUUUGUCUUCGACCCUGAAAAUGGCGAACUCGAAUGGACUGACGAUUUUAACGACCCAGCUUCUGUGCAAUACAUGAUCUGGAACGAUCUCCUUGUCGGGCUUGUUCCAAACGUUCAUUUCAUCGAUGGAGAGGACGCAGUUGUUGCAACAGUGGAAGUGAAACUCGCCGAGUUUUACGAGUUCAACGAUCAAGUCGUCUUCAGAUGCAAAAUUCACGUUUACGUCGAUGGAAAUUAUCAGGUCAAUCUUGCCACUGUGGCCGGUCAGGUGUACGGAAACUUCGAGCCCUAUCGCUCGCCAGAUGACAGCAUGACCCGGAUUAUCCCUUGCGACCCAUGCGAUGGAAACGACUGCUCCGAAAACGCAAGAUGUAUUCGAAAAUCAACAACGUUUACCUGCGCCUGUGAUGCUGGUUACAAAGACAUUGGCCGGGGAAAUGGCCUCCGAGAAGGCCGACUUUGCGAGCAACUGGAAACUGGAAUGCCUUUGGCUCCGCGACAGCCAUCAACUGACGAUUUAAUGUGUCAUCUAACCCAGGCUGAUGUUUUCUUCCUCGUGGACAUGUCGAGAACUGUUUCAGAAGAAGACCUGAUCAAGGUGAUCACCUUCAUCCGCGAGUUCAUCAAGCACUACACCGUCUCCCCCGAAGACACACAAUUCGGGCUGGCCGUUUUCGCCGCCAAGUACCGCGUCGUGUUCAAUUUGGACGAUUUCGAAGAUAAGAAAACACUUCUGAAGUCGCUGCUCGACCUUGAACUCAAGUCCUUGGGCAAGGGUACAGCACUCGGCAGCGCGAUAAACGAAAUCAUUCGGACGAUGAAUUACGCGCCCAACGGUCGCCGACCGAAUCACCCGCUUCACGUGAUCAUUUUCGCGGAUGGAAAAUCAGCUGAUCCAGUCGAGGAACCCGCCUCAAGGCUGAAAAAGAUCGCGCACAGCGUCAAAGUCGUUGCGAUCGGCAACGGCGUGGACCGAUCCGAAAUCAGUUCGAUCGUCCACACGCCCGAGGACAUCGUCUAUUUGAAGAACUUCAACGACAUCGAAAAGCAAACCAAGCAGUUAGAAAAGAGCAUUGCUGAAAAUCUGUGCCCGCGGGACGCCUGCCCUCUGUUUUCGCAACAGGACGUAAUCUUCCUUAUCGACGUUUCGAUAAAAAUGGAAGCGCAACUUGACCAAGUAAAGAAGGCGAUUGUCGACUUUGUGGAGCAAAUGAACAUUGCUACGUCUGGCGUCCGAGUUGGACUCGUGCUCUUUGCUUCCACCUCUUCGAUUGCUUACGAUCUCGACUUGCAGCAACUGCCCAAGGUCAUCCAGAAAGUUCUGCAGUCAAAAGUGACAAUCAUCCCCUCUGACAGUCAAAAUCUCGGCCAAGGUCUCAGAACAAUCGUCCGAAUCGCCGAGAACAUCCAAUCAGCAGGCUUCCAAGAGCUCAUCAUGAAGUUCGAUGGAAAAGGCUUCCCGGUUGGAAAAGACUACACUGGAAUCGACACUCGCGAAAUUUCCAAACGAGCGAAGAUCAUUAUUCUUUCCUCUGGAUUUGUCUCUGACGAGGCAGAAAUGGUCCUGAACAUUGCUGAUUUGAAGGAAUCCGCGGAUAUCGCCGUUGUCAGCUUCAACAACAAUUACGACUUUUCCAGCGUCGUCGAUCCGAAAAACAUCAUCGAAAUCGACACAGAGUCGGAAGAAAUAUCCCAAGAAAUCGUCAAAGCAUUCGGACGGAUCAAAGUCGACAUGCUAUACGGAGGCUGCGAGAAUGAAAUCAUCAGUCCUCGCUGGGUUCGAGUUCUUUCCGAAAACGAAGGCGAAGCGGAGAUUAUUUGGGAACCCUUGGUCGGAGUUGACAGCUUUUUGCUGACAAAGAGAAACGAUUUUGGACAGACUGAGACAUUCCCGAUUAAUAACGAAGACCCAAGCUUUACUCUAUCUGAUCUGGAGGCUGGUUCUAGUUAUGAUAUUUCUCUGACCGCGAUCAAAAACGUCGACCAAGAACAAGUCGUUCGAUCGCGAAAUGUCCUUCCUUCUCGAAUCUUCACAAAGCCUACAGCGCCGAUUAUGCUGGAUUACGAAUCAACGGAAAUGAGCGCGGCGUUGAAAUCGAAUGACAUUGAUCUCGAACCGGCGACCACUUAUGUCGCCGAAGUGACGAGUGUCAAAGGCCCCAUGGAGUCCGAUUUGAAGAAGUUCAAAUUCGAGACGAGAAGUUUGGAAGCGCCUGUUCCCCAAGGAGUUGGAAUCUCAACAGUGAGCAACAAAGAAGCGACGAUCACCUGGAAGCCGUCAGAUGCCGUGAGAAGCUACAGCUUGAAAAUACAAGAUAUGGACGGUGAAGAAGUCUUCGAAAUAUCGGAUGUUCCGGCGGAAGAUCUGAUGAUGACUGAAGACGGAAAACCAGCCUUCAAAGUGGACGAUAUCCUCGAGCCGGGAACAGCCUACAAAAUCAUUAUGCAGUCGACGAACGAAUGGAAGACAUCGGAACCCUCCGAUCCAACGAUUUUCAUCACUGAGCCGGAAGAAGUGUUCUCUGUUGAGCAAUCGCAGCAGUACAUGAACAAAGUCCGCUUUACCUUCUACCCGCCAGAGGAAGGAAGUGCUGAGAACUUUGUGGUCAAGCUUUAUGAUGACAAAGAUGAAGCAAUCAGGGAAGAGAUCAACCAGCGAAUUGUCCCGUUCAAGGACGGACAGAGCCAAUACGUGGUUACUUUCGAAUCCUCCGAAGACACACCAAUCGAGCCAGGAGCAGAAUACUACGUCGAAGUCAUUUCUCAAGCCGGCGAAUCAAGAUCCGCCCCUGUUGGCCGCCAACUCCUCACAGAAACCGAUAUUGAUGCACCCGCACUUGUCAAUAUCGUCGAAGUCACAAAUGACACCAUCAAGCUCGAGUGGGAGGAUGUGCCAGACGCGGAUGAGUACAGAGCAAUGGUUUACGAGUCGAUGGGAAGCGACUUCAGAGUUAUUGAUUCGAAUCGAAAAACCGUUUCGUUCAAAAUCAACCAGGGUCGAAUCGUCGGCCUUCAACCCGGAACUGGCUACACAAUUCUCGUGCAAGGAUCUCGAAAAGGAAACGCUGGCAAAUCGAAAGCAGUCCGAGCUUGGACCAAGCCCAAUCCCGUCAAUCCUGAUUCAAUCGUCUCCUCAACUCGCGUUGAUUCCGACGCAAAUCACCAGAUCGACAUUUUCUUCGAUCCGCCAUCGAUCGGCGGCCACGACAGCUUCGACUUGAUCCUCAGAGAUCCAGACGGAAACUGGCAAGAGGAAAGAAAGGUUCAAAAGCCGGAUGUUGAGUUUAUCGGGAAAUACUCGGCGAAUUUCGUUGAUCUCAAACCAUCGACAACAUAUUUGCUCGACAUUAUCACAUACCGGGGCGAUGAAAAGUCUCUGACAAAAGACGUCGAAAUCAUUUCAGCUCAUGCGAUUCCACCGACAAACUUGAGAGUAAAACGCAUCACACCAACAUCAGCAGUUAUCACCUUUGAUCCGUCCCCGGACGCGGACGAGUUCUACUACGAAGUUUACCAGCUCGUCGAUUCAAAUGAUCGACAGAAGCAACUUCGAAAGCGAGAAACUGUUGACAGAAGUGUUCGCGAAAUUGUCGUCGAAAAUCUCGUCCCUGGUUCCCCUCAUGGAAUGACAAUGAGUUCCAUCGCCAACGGGGUCUACGGCAAGCGCUCUAAGGAAUUGAACUUUUUCACUCAACCGGCUGUCGUGGAGAAUCUCCAAGUCAAGUUCGGAACCACUGAGCUUCAGGUCAGCUUCGAGCCACCAAGUGAUGGAGGAGUGGACUAUUACGACAUCAUCGUCGAGCCCAGCAACGAGCCAGGGCGAAUCGUCGAUGUCAAACAAAUACGCGCCGGGGAAUGGCUCGUCUGGACCUCUCAGACUCAACUGCUUCUCCCAGGACAAGACUACACCGUAACCGUUUCGAGUUUCGCCGGAGCUGAUGGCGAAAACAAAAUCAGCAAGAGCGGCAAAAUGAAACCUCCACCAAAACCGACGCUGUUGAAAAAUUUCGUUGAUGAUCGAAAUAAUUUGCGACUCGUUUGGGAAGUAACCGAUCAAAAACUCGCUCCACUGGUGACUUACGAUGUGAAAAUCGAAGAAGCAGGACGGGAAGAUGCCGCUCCAGCGCUAGAAAUCGACAACAUCCGACAAACUACCAUCACUCGGCCGGAAUUCGACAGUACAAGACUGUACAUUGCCAAAGUACGAAGUAAGCUGAGAAAGAUCUACUCUGAAUGGGAAGAGAAGGAAAUUCAAAUCUCUUCAAGCCUGGUUCCAACGGUGCCUACUUCACCUGGCGAACAGCCUUCAGUCAUUGACGUCAGUGAGUUGUCUGAUUCCUUGGUGGACCCUCUCCCGAGCUUCAUUUGUGAAAACUCGACAAAGGAAGUUGACAUGAUUUUCUUGCUCGACUCGUCCGGUUCCGUCGGAAAGCCAAACUUCCAAGUGAUGAAAUCAUGGAUGAGAAGACUCAUUAGCGGCCUCAACAUCGCUCCAGGCAGAACGCAAGUGUCGGUCUACUUGUACAACAAUAUUUUCCGAACAAUCUUCGACCUGAACGAGCAUCAGAACGCGUACGACAUGAUCACUGCCAUCAACAAAAUGGUCUACUCUGGAAAAGGAACUCGAAUCGCCCGAGCGCUGCAGAAUGCCAUGUCGAAAGUUUUAAUCCCGGAAAGCGGCUUACGACCGAAUUCUGAAAUCUAUCUUUAUUUGAUUACCGAUGGGAAGGAAUCCGACGUGGCUGAUGUCAACAACAUGGCAAACGAUAUUAAGGAUGCUUUCGGGGAGAGAAUAACGCUCACUGCCGUUGGUAUUUCCCGCUCCGUCGAGAAUGCUGAGCUCUAUGCGAUCGCUUCUAUGCCUAAGAAAGACAACGUAUUCUUGUUGGAAAACUACCGGGACUUGGACACAAUCACAAAAGUCGCAAACUACCAUGCGGGCUGCAUCCCGCGCAGUGCUGUUUACACCGACGUGGAACCAGAUUCAUUCGACAUCGAAAUCGGCGAGAACUUGCCAGACGCCACGAACAAGCCUUAUCCUCCGAUUCCGAAGCAACUGCGCGUCAGUGAAAAAAUGACGCCAACGGGGAAGAAGGCCACUUUGACAGCCGAAUUCGCCAAGUCGCGGACGAAAAAAGCCGCAACUGAAGUGGUUUUGGAACAAGUGAGGACCUCGACUAAGGAGAUCGUGGAGAUUUAUUUCCGCGAAGAAAAGGGCGACAGCUCCACAUUUGACGAUCUGCCUCUUGGUUUCGAAUAUCACUGCAAGGUGCGAUCCAAGCACAAGGUGUCCCGGGAGAUGGUUUAUUCCGAGUGGAGGUACUUCAACAACUUCGUAAGCUUGAGCCCGCCUUCGGUCGAGACCGAUGACAUUGAAGUCUUGGAAGGCAGUACUAGCUUCACCGCUGCUUUUCCAAUCGAUGGCCAUGUUGACUUUUUCAUGGUCGAAGCGAUCCGACAACCAGAAAGCCGAGGGCAAAAAGCGAUCGUCAAAAAAUACUUGAUCAAAUUCAACGCGGAAGAUGGCAUUUCUUCAUCCUCAACCUACAAAAUCCGUGUUGAUUCGUUUGCUGGUAACCAGAAAACGGAGAAGCCAACUGAAUUCAUAAUUCAAACGACGGAUAUAACAGCGAGAGUUAUGCUGACGAAGAUCGAAGAAAAUACCAUUACGGCUAGGGUCACUGCCUCUGAAGGAAUUGACGGAGUAGACAUCCAAGUCCUCAGUCGGCUUACAUUCGGCGAUCAAGGAAGAGUAAUCGACCUCGGCGACAAUUUGUACCAAGUCGUCAAUCUUGAUUUCAACGGGCAGUACAAAAUCACGGCGACGCCUUACAUUCUCCGUCCCAAUGGCGAGAAGAACUUUGGGCGCAGCGACGAACAACCGUUUUGGACGCCGCCGGCAUCGGUCGACUGCGAAAGUAUCGAUAUCAACGCGUACGCGACCAAGAUUGAUCUCCAGUGGGAUCCAGUUUGGACGAUUUGGGAGUUCGACAUUGUUACCCAGAAGCUAGUGCCUCAAAUGGACAUGGUAAACACGCGCUAUUCUCUUGAGCUUUUCCGCAUUUCGGAAGAUGGCGAAAAGACGCGAAUUUCGGAGCAGGAAACGCGAAACAACCGUUUCUCGUUUUACAACACGCCCGAGGAGGUCCUCAUCGAGCCGCUGAGCAACUACCAAGUGACGCUGAAGACCAAGUCGAUCUCGAUGCGAAGUACAGUGAUCUGCGAGCCGGAAAUCGCCACUCCCGAUGUCCCAGAAAUGUCUGAAAUUGAGGUUUCGGAAAGUAUUCCGGAGGAAGGAAGAUCCGGCUUUGUUUCGAUCGACUGGAAACCCCUCGUUGUCGAGAAGAUUGAUGUCGAGCUGUAUGAACUCAGUGACUCGCAGAACUCCUUGAUUAAGGAUCUUCCUGAUCAAAUGAUCAAAGACCUUAAUCUUACGGAUUUCACCCUUUCCACCACGAUUUCCGACAUUGACGGCGAGUCAACCUCAACCGGUCCAGUCGCUGACCUGGUCAAUGGCUACAGUUAUCUGCUGAACGUGAUCCCCUCCGUUAUCGGUCGCCAGGGCGCCUCAAUGACCAAACGAGUGACAAUAAAGAAUAGUACAGUAAUUUAUAAAGAGAGCAUGCUGUUUUUGAAACUUGCGCUUUUGGCCUCCGCUUUUGCACAAAUAGAACCUUCGGUGCCAAAGGUCAAGGUCUCGCCCGUGCCCGCCGAGGAGAAGGUAAUUUUUUACAUUUCUCCCGGCCCCGGUCGAACAGAAGAAUACAACAUCGUCAUCGAAAACGACGAAACUGGCGAGGUCAUCUUCAACGAGCCCGUUGAGGCGAGCGAAACUGAUACGAGACAUGAAAUUCAAAUUCCGCUUUCCAUUGGGCAAGGCUUCAGCGGCUCUCUCGUCGCGAGAAGUGGUGGAUCUGACAGUUCUCCCGUCGAGUUCAAUUUCGAAGUGGAGGACAAAGCGAUCGAAGGAAUCGAACUUUUGCACAUUGGAAAAACUUCGGCCGAGCUGGUUUGGGACGGCGGAGAAGCCGAGUUCUUCCGAGUCCAGAUUCUGCUCGACAAUCAAAUCGUCCAAAACUUGACAAAGAUCACGGAGCCUCGAGCGCUAAUCAACGGAUUGAAGAACAACCACGAGUACGACGUCGUCGUCCAAGCUUUCAACGGACGAACCAUGAUUUCAAGAUCGAAGACGCAGAUCAAAACGGAGCCGCUUCUCAUCCGCGAUCCAAAAAUCAUCAAAACAACGGAAAACUCUGCCACUCUCGCCUGGACGCCGGAAAUCGAAGCUGCAACUUACAAGCUCGAGUAUUUCCAACUUCGCGGAAAGCCCGGAGAUGGGGAUGAAGAGAUAGUUUCUCAGUCGGAGUUUUCCUUCCCAGUUCGUCGCGCGGAAGAUGGCUCGGUCAUCACCAACUUCAACAUGCAAACUUUGGAGCCGUCGACGGAAUAUUACGUCCAAGUCUCGGCCCUUGACGAGGAAGGAAUAAUCGGACCACCGGUUCCUGGCCCUGGAGAGCUGAGAAUCGUGACGAAGCCAGCGCCCGUCAGCGACUUGAUCGUUUCGAAUGAAAACAUGGAGGAUUUGGUAAUUUCCUGGAUCGAUUCUGAAGGAUACGUCGACUACUACGAGGUCCAAUUCUUCCCCGCGGACGCUUCGGACGGCUUCGCAGCUGUUUUCAGCGACGUUGUUCAACCCCAACAACGAUCUGGGAACCGACAAGAGUACCGCCUCAAUCUGAGUAGACAAAGAGAGCUCUUUUCGUCGAACAAAGAUUAUCGAAUUCAAGUCUUUUCCGUCCUCAACACUUUGACCGACCAGUACAAGUCUUCUUUUGCCUCGCGAAUUUGGUCACCACCACCACUGACCACCCAGCCCCAAACAACGACAAGUAGUACUGUAGCAACAACGACAUCAAGUUCUGUUGUGAUCAGUAGGGACCCGGUCAACAUCGAACCCGAAACAACUCUUGGUCCCUUUCCAAGCUUCACGACGGACGCUUUCGUCUUUCCUGGAUUCGCAACAGAAGAUCCUUUCCCUGACCCCAGUUUCUUCCAAACCGAGCCAAGCAUUCUCUUCCCACCAACUGAGCCUGCUUUCUUUCUCCCAACAGAACCAGUUCAAAAUUACGACGCAUGCCAAAAAUACGAUGUCGUUCUUCUGACCCAGAAUUCUAACUCCAUCGUCCUCCACCCUGAUGCUGCUCGAGUCGCUGUCGUUCCUUUCGCCCGGGCUCCCAUCUCCGAGCAGAUAAUCGGCUUCAAUGGGUAUGCAGAUCGAGAGGGUUUGCUGGAGAGAAUCGACUUCGAAGUCGUCAAGCGAUCGCUCCGUGGUCACUCGGUCGACAAGGGCUUGAAAUACAUUUCGUCCGACAUGGAAAACGACUUCCGAUCUGACGCAACAAUGGUCGUCAUCAUCGUGAUGACGUCAUCAUCCCGCUCGGACGAAAUCGAAAUCGCCGACGGAAUUCGCGCGCUUGGCCGAAGAGCAGUUUCUAACAUGCGCGGCUUGAAGCUGUACAUUCUUCAUUCUGAUACAGUCCCUCCCUCGCAAAUCCGCGCUCUCAUGCCGCGAAUGGUCGAGCCGGAGGUAGAAAUGAUCGCGAUCAACAUCGGCAACGGCGACAGACCUCAAUUAGACGUGGCCGGAAGGAUAAUCGAGGAGAUAAAUGCCUGUGCAGAAGACGUGGUUAUUGCGACGACUCAAGGAAUGCCCGAAUUCAUCACCACUCCUGAGCCCUUCAUCGAGCUGACGACUGAGCCGAUCGUCGACACUUUCGCCUUCACGACUGAAUCGUUCUUCCCUCCCUCUUUCCCGACCCUUUCCACAUUCGCCGAAGAAAUGACCGAGUUCACGCGCGUGAUCACCACCAUGGCCUCGAUCAUCGACUCGACGACUGGAACAAUAGCGACGAUGCUCCCGCCUCCGCCACCAAUGAGCCCGCCCAUGUUGCCGCCUAGACUCGAAAGAGUACUUUUGGAUGCCAAAACUAAACCCACGCUUGAACCAGUAGCUACUACCGCUUCGCCCGUGGAUGCAACCACCGCUCCGAAGAAAAAGAAGCUCCGCCCGCCGCCGCCACCGCCAAUGCCUCCACCACCAGCGCCACCACGCGUCACUUUCGAUGUGGUCAAGCCUGCCAAGCCGGACGAGGGGAAGAAACCACCACGACGAUUCUUGCCUCCGCCACCGCCUCCUCCACCACCACCACCAAUCCGUCCAACUGCUAUUUUGGUGGAUCCAGCGCCGACGAAGCCCGUCGAUUCGACCACCACUGCGCCGGGAACAACAGAUCUCUUAUUUACAAUUUCUUCCACUCUUCCUACAACCACUUCUUCGACAUUUUUUAUUGGAAACGAGACGACAACAGAAAUGUUGCUCGGCUUCGUUCCUUCUACGGCCUUUACUCCAACAGAUGAUCCUUUAACUCGUACCACAAAAGCCAUCGAUCUUUUGCCCACGACCGAUGGUUUUAUAUUUUUCGAGACUACCGAAGCCGUGCCAUUUGCCACCGAGCCCGACGAGGGCAUACUACUAACAACGCCUGGUCAAACAACAACCGAUCCAGUCGCUAUUACAACAGCCGAGACUGAGAUUCCGAUUGUUACUACUGCUGCUCCCGUGUUCGUCUCCUACCUCGCUCGGUUAAAUGCUAAAUCGCCGCUUAUCGCUAAAAAAGACAAGGUCGCUCUCGAGCGCCUUCUCCUGGAAGACCAAUCCGAAGCAUUCAAGGACGUCGAAAAUGACCUCAUGAAGAAGGUCGACAACAUUCUCCCCUCCUCCGCCCGCGUCAGCCUCGAUUUCGUCGACUUUGCCGCUGGAGCUCAACUCAACGAGUCGACUAUUUAUCCUCAAAUGACGAUGCGGCUGAGCGACAGUUUGAACGUUUCGGAAGUCGUCGACAAUGCCAAACAAGCGCUUCGGGACAACUUUGAAAUGGUCGGCGACGACGUCGAAAUCGUCAUCGACAGUCUCGAAAUCUCCAACUCGAUCCAGCGCCAGCUCGCCGUCCAGGUCGUCUACACUGAUUACGAGCUCACCUCUCCGUCUGAUUACGUCUCGCCGGACAUUCCCUACACUCAGCAAAUUUUGACCGAGCUCGGCUCCAAACUCGACCGGAAACUGCGCGUGACCAGCAUGGACGGAAUCCUCGAACUAGUCGAUUUCUCCCCUCCUACUGACGAAAACCAAGAAAAUCCAGUCAAAGAAGUCUGGCUCAAGAUCACUCUCCCACCUGGCUACGUCGCUCGAACGGGACUGGGCGACGAAGCAGCUACUCCUGCUCAUUUCGAGGACUUCUUCAGAACACAAAACACCGCAAACAGCAUUGUCGCGAGAAUCUCUCAAAACGACUUUAGCAUUCCCACCGACGGCAUCAAAGUCUAUCCUUUCGGCUGGAUCCAGCUUCAGCAAACUCUCGGCGCAGUAGUUACUCCUGUCGAGCCGACUGAAAAGACCUUUACUGGUACCGUCGAAGUGCACAAUUUGGAGCCACAAGUGAUCAGCGAUCUUUACCGCGGCAAAUUCGGCCCCUUCGAAGAAGCGAUUCGGCAGAUGUUCAAGCCGCUAGAAAACGAUGUGACUUCCCUGCGCGUUGAUUAUUUCCAACCGACCAACUCCUCCAGCGCUCUUGGCCACUUCGCCUUUGUCCAAAACCCGCAAAGCGAGAAAACAUCGACGGAUCUUCAGCGCGCGCUCGAGCAAGGACUCGACGGAAUCAACAACGAGCCACUCGAUGGCGCAUUGUUACGAAAUCCACAGUUAUCUACCUCGCGACAGUUCAAGAGCAGCGCAACGUCUCCGCUAGGCUUGGAAGCAGUAGACGAGCGUUUGCGCACGGAAGAGUUCGCCAACGAAUUCGACAAGAUUCCGCAGUUCAAAAGAAACGAAGAAAACAACACGAUCGAGUUCGACUUUGAAACGAGCCGCAAUACAGCUGCGACGCCCCGUGAUUUGGAAAAAAUCAUCAACGAAGAGUUGGGAACCAGUGAUGCCAAAGUUAUCAUUCCCGGUGGAGACCUGCUUCUUCCCAAGCCUUGGCUUUCUCUGCUCUACGUCGAUGUUUCAAACGAAACAGCCCUCGCAGUCCUCGAAGACUGGAAAACGACUCCAGUCGAAGCUACCCAAGUCAUGGAGCGCCUUCCAAAGGGAUGGACUUUGGACUACAACGCCGCCCGCAGCAGCAAUCAAAUCUACCUCGCCAUCUUUGCCGAGUUCGACUAUUCGGAGAGCGCCGCGCGCGUCAACGAAAACUUCAUCGGCGUAGAGGGCAUCAAAGACUUUAGAACUCAACUAGGACGAAAAUUCACUGGAAAAGUCGCCGGCGCCAACGAAAUUCUCAACGGAGAAGGCGUCAACGCGACUGUCAAUGGACUGCUAGUCGAGAUGAAUUCGAGAGGAUUCGCUGUUUCGAUUUAUUACUUAGAAUAUAUAAAUAAUGAAGGAGAACGGUUGACAAUUGUCAACUCAGGCAACCGAAAACGCCGCCAAGCCACAACCGAUGAACAGAACAUCAUCUUCAAGUUCUCUGGCCAGCCUGGCGUCCGACUUAUUCCAGGGGAGCUCGAGUCCGCCGGUCGAGAAAUCAUCGCCGACAAGUUCUCAACCGAGCUCGUCGCAGAUUCUCUCACGAUUGAGCCAGAAAUGUACGAAGAAGGCAAAGUAAUCGACAUUCCUACCACACUUGCGCCAACUACUACUGAAACUCCUGUGUCUCUUUCUCCCGCGGUGACUCCCAGUGUCAUUACGAAAACGAAGCUUCCUGCUGUUUCCGUUUACGAGAAAGAGGGCGAAGUGACAGAAGAUGAGUUGAAAGAGCUGGAAAAGACGAUCAGCGAUCGACUCGGCGACGAUCAAGAUGUCAACUGCGAUUCUAGAAGUGACACCAGUGGCGACACUUUGAAAUCCGUCAUUCAGUGUAAAUUCAUCAUCGAAAGCGACGAGAAACUCGCAGUCACUGAAAACAUCGAACCCUUCACCGACGUGGUCCAAUACAUGGACAAUGCGAACGCCAAUCUCUGCGAGAAUACUUUCCUCAAUGACUGCUCAGCCGAUGCUUCCUGCGCCACUGAAGGAGGAAAUGUCGUUUGCACUUGCAACGAAGGUUUCGAAGAUCAGAACGCCGAGAAGCCGGGAAGAAGCUGCGCCAAGAAAACCGACGGGAUCCUCAUUUUCCUCAUUAUCCUCAUUGUUGUCCUGUUCAUCGUCAUUCUGGUGCUCUCCUACUUUGUCCACCUCAAACGGACAAAGACUGGAAUCUACCAUCCGUCGAGGCAAGAAAAUAGAAGAAACAACUCUUAG